UGAACAUUUGCAUGGAUUGACCUUAACGUCAUCGUCAAAAAUCUCGGUAUUAUUGAGAUGUAUAACGAACAAGGUUCAAGAUUCUCUACCUCAUCAAUAUUAUUAACUUUAUGACAAGCGUGAUUGAGAAAAAAAAAUAAGCCUCAUUUCUUUUAGAUUCAUCGGGCUUGUGGAUGGCUAUAAAAAUGCUCUGCAUAUUUUGUCAAAAUCUCCGGAAUUUAUUUCUGAGUUUUAUGAACAAUGAGCGUGUCUGCACCGCACCGGGUUCUAAGUAGCCGCCAUCUUGAAGGCAGUUUCCUCCCAAUUAUCGUCGGGAUAUCUUCUUUAGAAUUCGCCGAGGCCGCAUCCAUACAAACGGUGAACGCUAAACGGACGCGACUAGCACCUGUCUUAAUUGCCUUCAGUACAGAAAAAAAGGGAGGCCCAUUAACGACUGCGUUCACGUCGCGAUGUGACGCCCCUAAACAGCGCUGCGAUUUGGUUGACCGUAGAUUGCGCGGGGAGUAGAACAGGUGGUAAUGGUGUUGUGAAACAGCAUUCCAACAACGCCUGCUCGUUCCAAAGGAGAAAAAAGAAUCCCUCUUUGCUAAAAACACUUGGAUUUUAAGCCAAGGAGGUAAUCUUGAUACAGCUUCUCUGUCAGUAUCGCGGAGCUGUUUUUAUUUUAUCUCGGAUACCUUCAGAAGAGUGUGAGGCUUUGAGAUUGUGCGAUAACGUUGGAAAGCGAAGAUGAUGCUACGGGGUUGAAAAUAAAUUGCGCCAUUCGGUACAGUGUGGCCUGAGUGGAUUGGGCUCACGUUGUUGACGAUUGGAACGGAGGAAUGUUUUGCUGUCUCGGUUAGUUGUAGUGUACGCCAUUCUACCUGCGUGAACAUUAUGUGACACCUGUUUUGAUUGGACAAGAAAAUUUGCAAAGAGUUGUGAAAUCUCAUCACAAUGAGGUCCUCAAGAAGCCCGACGCCCGUUCCCCCAAAUCUCCACCCACCCCCUCCCUACCCUGUCAAAGAUGGCGCCAUUCCUGGUGGUGGAGGGUUCAAACCCUCCAUGCAUGGACAGACCAAUCUGGGCUUCACCCUAGACUCCCACCACCCCGUCCUCACCGUGGCAGACGUGGAUCGAACCGCGUCUCUCAUCUCGGGUGUCAGCAGCAUUCCCCUUCAGCUCUUCAGCGAGGGGAACCGACUGACGGCCAAGGAGUGGCAGUUCCUGGAGGCAGCGGAGCGAGGAGACAAGGCUACCGUGGAACGAUGCCUCCUGACCCCGAACCCCGUCAACGUCAACGUGACCAACAUCCUGGGCCGCAGUGCCUUACAGAUGGUCGUUGACAACGAGAAUGUGGAGAUAGUGGAGCUCCUUCUCAAGCAGGACAAAGUCGAGAUCGGAGACGCCCUACUGUAUGCCAUCCGCGAAGGGGUCUACAAGAUGGUGGAGAUGAUGGUCAACCAUCCCAGCAUCACCCGUAAUAUGCUCGGGGAAGGUUGGAGCAGCACCCACUUCAAGAAGGGCCAGGAGAGCUCAGACUACUCCUAUGACAUCUCGCCAGUCAUCCUUGCCGCCCACUGCAACCAGUUUGAGAUCCUGCAGCUGCUGCUUACUCGGGGAGCUACCAUCUCCAAGCCCCAUCCUUGCAUCUGCAAGUGCGACACCUGCACGGAGAAGCAGCUUGAGGAUAGCCUCCGCUACUCUCUUCACCGCAUCAACACCUUCAAGGCGCUAGCCAGCCCGGCCUGGAUCUCUCUGACCAGCAGCGACCCGAUCCUAUCCGCCUUCAAGCUGAGCUGGGAGCUCCAGCACCUUGCCAUGCGAGAGAACGAGUUCAAGGAUAUCUACAUGCAGCUGAACGAGCAGACCAAGAGCUUUACCGUGGAUCUGCUAGAGCAGUGCCGUAGCUCUGAGGAGGUGAACGCCGUGUUGAACAAGGAGAGCGAAUCGGAUGACGAGGUCUUAGACGAAGACUUGAAUGGUGGGAGACUGUCCCUGGCCAGGCUUCGCCUUGCACUCAAGUAUGAGCAAAAGCAGUUUGUGGCCCACCCGAACACCCAGCAGGUCCUGUCGUCCAUCUGGUACGAGGGCCUACCGGGAUGGCGCGGCAGCAACGUCUUCGUUAAGUUCCUGCUCUGCAUCGCCGUCAUGAUCAUGAUGCCCAUCGACGCCUUGGUCUACCUGUUCUUUCCCAAGACGCGCAUGGGUCAGAUGAUGCGCUCGCCCUUCAUGAAGUUCAUGCACCACAGCUCCUCCUUCGUCAUUUUCCUGGCGCUGCUGGUGCUGCUGUCGGCUAAGGUGGCCGGGUCCAACCAGAACCGGGGCCGGCCGCCUGACGUGGUCGAGUCACUCAUCUUCGUCUGGGUGAUAGGCAUGAUAUGGGGUGAAUGCAAACAGCUCUGGGAGGAGGGACUCAAGGCCUACAUCCGCCAAUGGUGGAACUGGUUGGACUUCAUCAUGCUGACUCUCUACCUGUGCACGUUCAGUCUGCGCAUCACGGCAAUGAUCCAGGCCGCCAUAGAGCCGGGAUACGGCAAGGUAUUACGCGCGGAAUGGCCGUCCGAGGACCCUACCCUCAUCUCUGAGUGCCUGUUCGCCAUGGCCAACGUCUUCAGCUUCGCCCGCAUCAUCUACCUGUUCCAGGCCAACCCUUAUCUGGGACCCUUGCAGAUCUCCCUGGGAUGCAUGCUGAUCGACAUCGCCAAGUUCUUCUUCAUCUUCUUUCUCGUGCUUCUGUCCUUCGCGUGCGGGAUGAACCAGCUGUACUGGUACUACGGCGAUAACGGCGAAAACCAAUCAUGCAACGCGACCGCGGGCGAUGCGGUUCAGACGUGCAAUGACUUUUCACAGAUGUCGCAGUCCUUUCUGAACCUGCUGUGGGCACUCUUCGGCCUGACGAGUAAGGACGCGGUCAAGUUGACGCAUUGGAAGCACCGCUCAGUCGAGACAGUCGGCGAGCUGCUGCUGUUGACCUAUCACAUCAUCGCUAUCAUCGUCUUGCUCAACAUGCUCAUUGCCAUGAUGAGUAACUCGUUCCAAACCAUCCAGGAUCAUGCCGACAGAGAGUGGAAAUUUGCCCGUUCCAAGCUCUGGAUGAGUUACUUUGACGAGGGUUCCACAUUACCCCCGCCCUUCAAUCUCAUCAUCAGUCCCAAGUCCAUCUAUUACUUCAUCUCCGGGAUGCGGCGAAUGCUGUGUGGAUACCGACGGUCACUCAAGACCAACUACAAACCGCGGAAGAGGCGCUCACUAGAUGGAACCAUACGGGUGGGUGACGGGAACCUCGGGGCCAAAGCCCAGACGGCAGAGACGCGCUACCAGGACGUGAUGAAACGACUGGUCAGCCGCUACAUCCAGAUGACCAAGGCCAACCGCAAGGCUGACGGAGUCAACGAGGAUGACCUCAACGAAAUCAAACAGGACAUCUCAAGUCUCAGAUAUGAGCUUCGUGAAGACCGCAAGCGAGAAGAGGCCCGCGAGCACGCCAACAUGAAGAGCAUCAAGCAAGAGAUCAUCAACAUCGUGACCAGUACGAGCACCGCAUUGCCCUCCUCUCGCACCCCUGCCUGCCCGCCUCGUACGAGCAGCCGGGCUAGCACCGUCAGCCAGCGAGACAGUAGCGUGGAUAGUGCCUCCUCGUCCACCAACCAUCCCCACCAUCGCGAGGUCCACGCCCCUGCCCCUCAGUAUCCCACCAGCCCCAUGCGCCUCACCGUGUGCGCCUCGCCCGGAGAUAAGGACACUCCAGCCGCACUGAGCGGCAAGGAGGUGACACGGCGCGACCUGGAGAGACUCAAGAUGGAGAUCGUGGACUCGCUCAAGGAUGAGCUGCAUUUCUGCAUCCAGGGGCUCAUCCUGAGCCAGACGCCGCCUCCUCCCGUCCCACCUCCACCUUCGGUGGUCCCGGACUCGGCCGAGGAGGCACAGGAAGAAGAUCCCGGAAUCGCCCCCGGUGCGCCCCCGUCAGGACAGUACUUUACCUUCCCACCGGCACUUCUUGGGGAAGACCACAGCCGCCAUGGGUACACCCAUCUCUGAACUCCAGACCUGCCAAACCAAAACACUCCAACAAAAAUAGGCUUGACUAGUACAGCUGAACCCAAAAGUCUUAGUUAAGGACAUCAUUUAUACUCAGUGACUCAGUCAGUCAGUCAGUUAGUGACUCAACCAGUCAGAGACUCAAUCAGUCGGGUCCAGCCAAAACACUGAGGAUAUGGCUUUUAGACCACGAUGUGUUCGACAGGCUGUUUAAAAUUGGUUGAGUUUAGGCUACGACCUCUCAUUAAAACAAAUUUAGGCCUUAUGAAUAAAUAUUUUGGCCUUAUAAAGUUGUUGACGGGUUUCCGAGCAACUCUCAAGGGCCAAAGUUUGAAGUAAGGUCGGUAGAAAAAUGCUUAGUAGAUUGAUUCACUAAACACAGCCGAGCUUGGAUUUGAGCAGGGAUACAAAGACCAUCAUAGAUCGUGAAAAAGGUUUAUGUUGCUGAGGAAUGUGUGAUUUGAUUUUCGUGCGUGUGUGCUUAUCUAAUAUGGGUGAACGAACAUGUAUAGGAGCCCUGCGAUAUGGGCCCUUGUGAGUUAAACCACGGACCAUAAACCUCAAGAGGUUUGUAAUAUAGCCAGCUAAAGAUAAGUGUUUUACUAGCAUAACCUAACCAUAUUUAUAUAAACUGCUUAAUAUUUAAAAAGUUUAAGAAAUUAUUAUGCGUCUUUAAGGACUACUACAAUUUACAACCGUCACAAAAAGUAAAAAUUCGGAAAGGCUGAGAAUUUAUAUUUUCAACUUGCUAUAGCUAAAAAAAAUAUAUAUAUACAGGGGUAAAUACGUCCAUUAUUAUUAAUAUUUUCCCCUUAAAGAUUUAUCGUAAUUGUUGCUCGUGAUCCAGUCGGCUGUCUGGAUCUAUUUAGAUUAGAAUUAUUCUAUAAAAAAUGAUAUAUUUACAUCUUGAAGAAGACAAUUCCUUUGCGGAGAUGCUGUUUCAGUGAUGUUGCAGCAAAUCAGUAUGUGCUUUGUGAGACGAAAUUAUUUCCUUAUUCAUUUUUGGAAGCUGUUCCCGAUUUUUGGAAGGUUUUGAUUUUUUUAGUAGGUCACAAAAAUGUUGUAUGCAAGGAUGUGAAUCGAAAAUAGACUGUAAUUUUCUGCGCUACGUUGAUGUGGGUUUACCCUAAAGUACUACGGUUAUUUUCACAACGAUUUUUCCAUCGCUCACGUUUUUGUAAUUUUCGAUUUUGUAUAUUUAAGCACUGCCGAAUUUCGUCUCGGACCAAAUUUGGUUGACGACUAUAGCCAUUUAGAUUUACUGUGAGUGUGAGCAUAAUAACAAUGCCCCACAAUGUUCCCGUUGUAUAAUGGUCACAAGGUACCGACCAAUCAGGGCAAGCAAUCGAUCACCGAGGCCCCCUUCAAUGGCGAAAGCAUCGUGCUAGCUAUUGUUCAGAAAAUGUGUCACGGAGCAGUAUAGCGUUACACAGUAGCUUGCACAACGGUAUCUCCAUUGAUGGGGGCCUCCUGCGUUACAGUGAUCACGCGCCAGGAUUCUUCCAAAUCAACAAGUUUUAUGGGGAGUGCCCCUUCCGGAGCUGGGCGCGUUUUUGCUGACGUAACCAACAAACUUGUCUCUCAUUGGUCAAGCGUUCGAUACCCGAAUGUUUCAGGGUCCAAUCACAAAACUGUUUAGUGCAAGGCCGGAAAGCUAGGGGUACCUUGGCGGGGCGUGGCCAGGGAUAGUGUCGGUUCACGGAAUCGGUAUCUUUAACCCAAUACAAAUAACUACACUGAAAAAAACGAAAAUACUAUAAUGUAAAAUAAUGUAAAUAAUAAAAUGGGAUUAUAUUUGAACUAUGUAAACGAAAUACAAAUAUUAUCUAUAUACCCAGCGAAAACACUGCAUAUAUAUUUAUAUAUCAUUGUGUUACGGUAGUACUCCCUGUGAAGUAUUUUUCCUCAUGCAGUAUCGUGCAUUCAUCAUCAGUACUAAUAUAAAAUUUAUUGUUUAUUAAAAAAAAAAAUGGUUGUAAUUAUUACAAUGAUUAUGAACAAUGCAUUUGUCAUAAUCAUUGUAAGGCACUGUAUUCUCGGCUAUACUCUUAUUAAGCAGCUAUGCAUAAUGUGAAUUGUAUGAUUGUUAUGUUGGUGUGUAACAUUUGAAUCUAUUGAUAAUGCUUUGUGUUAAUGAUGCAUUAAUUAAUUUAUGAUCUCGAUUUAUUUAUGAAUAGUUGAUGUAGUUUAUUGAUAUCAAUGGCACUUUAAUGUCUGUUCUCAUUACACAAAAAUGAAAACAAAACAAGACAGCAAACUUAACAUUUGCAAAGUGGCGACAAUAAUAAUAAACAACGAAUUGUCCCGCAUGAUGGCGCUCUUCACCCUUGUUCAAAGUAUGUAAGUAUGAUAUUGGUAUACCGCUUUCGUUAACUUCUGUCUAUGUGCAACAUUUUUUUCAUGGACAAAACUGAAUUUUCUUUCUUCUCACCCAUUGUACAUGUUUUCUUUUCUGCCCUUUCUGUGCUAUCCAUUUAUUUUGUAUAACUUCGUAAAGUACAUUUUGUGCAUUAAAAAAUAUAGAAAAAUCCUUCAAUUUCUUAAUACGUGAUGGUAUUUGUCAUUUUGCAAACUCUCGAUAUAAAAUAAAAGCAUUAAAAA